AUGUUAGACGCUAGACCUACAGCCAACUGGGAAAAGAUCUUCAUCGGUGCUAAUACAUACAUCCAGUUUGCAAUGAAACUCAAUGAUCCAAAAGAUGUUCCAAAUGUUAUCAAAAAACUUGACAAAACAGUUGCAGGACUCCAUCACGCAUCAGAUGGCAAAACACUAUUCAGAACUACUGAGAAAGUGCCUAUUGCUAAUCUUCCUGAUGAUGUUUCAGACCUUGAAAAGUUGACAACAAUCAUGUCUGAGAGAUAUACAAGGCCAGCAUCACAAGCAUUAGCAUCACUUGGUGCUAACAAGGAUACAGUCGUCCUUAAUAUCAAUCAUUUGGCCGGAGAUGGCAUGUAUUUACAAAAUAUGUUUACUCAACUCAAGAGCGACAAAGAAUUGGACUAUGUUCCGACAAUUAUCCCUGGUGAAACAGUCUUAGGUGACAAAGUAAACGCCUAUAAUGGCAAACUUCCUACAUUUUGCACAGUUGAUACAGAUCUUACUCGUAUUCACACACAAACUCGCAAUGAAUUACAUUUAUCAAGCGGAGUUGCCACAAAAUACGCCACAUCACAUGCCAAAGAUUUGAUGUCCUUCAAAGUUAACAAGAAACUUAAACACAUGACAGAAUACUACUGGACAAGUUUCAUCCUUGCUUGCUCUGCUUUCAAAGGAAAGAUUGAUAAAUGCGGAGUUGCAACAUGCAUCAAUUUACGUCCAUAUGUAAAGAACUGUAACUUAAAUGUAACAAAUUGCUUCUCGCAUGCCAAUGCAACAGCAGUUGCUAAGCCAGAUAUGACUGUUGGAGACUUAAUGAAAGAAUUAAGAUCAACUUUCAACGAAAACGUUAAGAAUGGACAGCCAUUUGGAGAACUUAAGGCACUAAACAAAGGAUUCCCUGUCUGUUUGCCCGAAUUAGGCCUUGGCGCUGAUAUUUCUUUGAUCGGAUCUUUCAAAAUGGAAGGACCAUUCAAGGAUUUGUUUGUUUCUCUCCAUCAGAGAGAUGAUGGAGUAUCAGGAAUCGCUUCUUAUUAUGGUUAUUCUGUUGAAUCAAAGAAUGAUCAUAUUUUCCAUGGUGGAAUGAGACAUUCAACAGGUGUUUUGACUGAUUCAGAGGCCCAAUUACUUGUUAACUCAGUUCAUUUCAGCAUGGAAAAUGUUGCUCCAAAUAUGUUACUUGAUGAAGCUUUAGAUUUAGUCAAGGACUAUCAGAAUACACAAAAGAAAGCUAAUGCUUCAAAGUCUUACAUCCAUUUUUAA